UUCAAAACAGGCUGGGCACUCAUCUCUGCUGGGGCGCUUUGAUUCUGAGGCUUUGGUGGAGGGUCCGUCACAAGCGCCUGACGACCAAGUACGAUCCAGGCAUUUGGGAGCAGUACCAAGCACAUUGUGGAAAUCUCUCUUGAGCACUCCAUCUGCACAGCCUCCCCUCCAGCAACCGGCUCGAUUGAUCUGCAUUCUCCCGAGUCUGCUAAGGACCAUGGAUUUCCUGCGUAAGCAUGCCCAGAAGCUUGGGAGCGAAGUUUCAAAGCAGCAGGCGGCUGUAAUGGGCAAGUUUGCUGCCCCCAAGGAAGGCAGCAAUGCGGUUGUCACAGAUGAAGCAGAGCUCCAGAGGCACCAGCAGCUGGAAAGGCUGAACGCAUCAACAACCAACACAAAGCACUUCCAAAAGGAUAUUGUCAAGGGCGUAGACGGCCUGGUGGCGAGCGGUGCCAAGUACUCGGAGAUAGGCGCCAGGUUGGGUGAUGACUGCCGCAAGUAUGCGGUGGAGGGGCCCGCUCCAAACAGUACCCUUGCUCGCGCUGCUCUGCACUACUCAAAUGGGAGGGUCAAUGUUGAGAAGGAGCGGGAAUCCUUCCACCGUGCUUUGGCCACAACCGUUGGGGACCCUUUGAAAGCCAUGAUCAGUGGAGCCCCUCUAGAAGAUGCAAGGCACCUCUACAGGAGAUACGAAAAGCUGCGAGACGAGGCCGUACAGACGGCCGGGUCAGUCCAGCGGCGCUCCGACCGCGCCAGCGCAGGGGGCAGCGCAGACGACGCCUCUAAGAAGCUCCGUGAGGCAGAGCAGAAGAUGCAGGACCUCACGGCGGCGAUGGCCGUUCUUGGCAAGGAGGCUGCGUCUUCGCUCAUUUCCGUGGAGACGCAGCAGCAGCGGGUGACGCUGCAACGGCUCAUCGACGCCGUGCGCUCGGAGAAGGAGUACCAUGCCACGUGUGCAAGCCUGCUGGACCAGGUUUACAGCCAGAUUAUGGCAGAGAGGCAGAAGGGCGACUCGGCGCCCCCCACCCCUAGCGGUGAUGCUGAAGCUUCGUUCCACGGUGAUUCGUCCGGGGGUGCAGGCAAGCCGUCAGGCUCGCAGAAGGCGCUCUACUUCCUUGCAGAGGCGAUGCAUGCCUUCCAAGCCGAAUCCGACAGCGAGUUGAGCUUGCAAAUUGGAGAUUUCGUGGUGGUCAGGCAGGUGUCGGAUUCGGGCUGGUCGGAAGGAGAGUGCAAAGGAAGGGCUGGAUGGUUCCCCACAGCUUAUGUGGAACAGAGGCAAAGGGUGCCAAUCAACAAAGUGGUGGAGUCAGGGCAGAAUGUGGCUGUCCAUAACGCAUGAUUGCUGUACUUUCACUGGUUCCUGAAUUGCAGCAGUUGCGGAUCUGAUCGGAAGCUUACUCUGUUCUUUUGACGAUAAUCAUCUGUUGAGCUUUCCUGUAUGCAAUCUCUUAUGUUCGAAGGAUCGAGGCUCCUUGUCCGGCCAUUGUAGGCAAUUCUGUAACCUUUGCCUUCACUUUCAACUAAAGUCCACUCAUUGUCAG